UAUACGUCUUUAUGUAAAAGGAAUUAAACGUCAAAUUCAGUAGCCGAAAAGCGUCGAAUAAUUCUGAGAUCUAAAUCUGGAGGAACUUCGUAUUCACGCGAUAUAGCAUUUCCCCAUCCUGUACAAAUCUCUCUCGUACACACACAUUUCACUGCUUUUCGAUUUCAGAAAAACUCCGUGUUUAACCAAAGUCUGAUCCAUAUCAAUUCCAGAUCCACCAAAGGAUUGAUUCUUUGUAUGUCGCCAAUUGUAGCUUAGAUUAAGCAGGUUGGAUUUGCUUUACUUUCCAUUCACUUAAUGGCAUCGUCUUCGAUUUCAAGAAGGAAAUAUUUGGCUGCUUUACUAUUCUUGGCUCUGAUAUUGCAAACCUGCAAUGGGUUUUAUCUCCCUGGAAGCUACAUGCAUACAUACUCAAAUGGGGACGAAAUAUCUGCUAAAGUGAAUUCCUUGACCUCUAUUGAAACUGAGCUUCCUUUCAGCUAUUACAGUCUUCCUUACUGCACGCCUCCUGGAGGUAUAAAAAAAAGUGCUGAGAAUCUCGGAGAACUGCUCAUGGGAGAUCAGAUUGACAAUUCCCCGUACCGUUUCCGGAUGAAUGUAAAUGAGUCCAUUUACCUCUGCACUACUUCUCCAUUGAGCGAGAAUGAGGUAAAGCUUUUGAAGCAGAGAACUCAUGAUCUGUAUCAAGUGAACAUGAUAUUGGACAAUCUACCAGUUAUGAGAUUUACCAACCAAAAUGGAGUUAAAAUUCAGUGGACUGGGUUUCCAGUUGGAUACACUCCACCGGGCGGUAAUGAUGAUUACAUCAUCAAUCAUCUCAAAUUCAAGGUUUUUAUUCACGAAUAUGAAGGGGCUGGCGUGGAGAUAAUUGGAACUGGGGAAGAAGGCCUGGGUGUCAUUUCAGAAGCUGAUAAGAAGAAGGCUUCCGGCUAUGAGAUUGUGGGUUUUGAGGUUGUCCCUUGCAGUGUAAAGUAUGACCCCGAAAAGAUGACAAAACUCCACAUGUAUGACAAUAUUACAACUGUGAGCUGUCCACAGGAGCUUGAAAAUUCUCAGACUAUAAGGGAGAAAGAGAGAGUAUCAUUUACAUAUGAGGUCGAGUUUAUGAAAAGCAAUGUUAGAUGGCCAUCUCGAUGGGAUGCUUAUCUGAAGAUGGAAGGUGCACGCGUGCACUGGUUCUCAAUUCUUAAUUCAUUGAUGGUGAUUUUCUUCUUGGCUGGCAUUGUUUUUGUCAUCUUUCUGAGAACUGUGAGAAGGGAUUUGGCGAGGUACGAGGAGUUGGACAAGGAAGCUCAGGCACAGAUGAAUGAGGAGCUUUCUGGAUGGAAACUUGUGGUUGGUGAUGUCUUCAGAGAACCAAAUCAUUCAAAGCUACUUUGUGUGAUGGUUGCGGAUGGAGUUCAGAUUACUGGGAUGGCAGUUGUCACUAUUAUUUUUGCAGCUUUUGGAUUCAUGUCACCAGCUUCACGAGGUAUGCUGUUAACAGGGAUGAUAUUGCUUUAUCUUUUCUUGGGAAUUGCAGCUGGUUAUGUUGGUGUACGCAUGUGGAGGACCAUCAAAGGGUCAUCUGAAGGCUGGAGAUCGAUUUCUUGGUCUACGGCAUGCUUCUUUCCUGGAAUUGUUUUUGUUAUUCUGACUGUGUUGAAUUUCAUACUUUGGGGUAGCAAGAGUACUGGUGCUAUUCCCAUAUCUUUAUAUUUUGUGCUCUUGUCUCUCUGGUUCUGCAUUUCGGUGCCACUUACCCUCUUGGGAGGACUCUUAGGCACCCGAGCUGAGCCUAUUGAAUACCCUGUCCGUACUAACCAGAUCCCUAGAGAGAUUCCUCCACACAAAUAUCCAUCAUGGCUUCUUGUUCUUGGCGCUGGAACUCUUCCAUUUGGAACCCUCUUUAUCGAGCUUUUCUUCAUUCUAUCUAGCAUCUGGCUUGGAAGGUUCUACUACGUCUUUGGUUUCCUGCUUGUUGUCUUCACGUUGUUGGUUAUCGUCUGUGCUGAAGUUUCUGUUGUCCUCACUUACAUGCAUCUUUGUGUUGAAGAUUGGAUGUGGUGGUGGAAAGCAUUCUAUGCAUCAGGUUCAGUUGCCUUCUAUGUGUUCUUGUACUCUGUCAAUUAUCUGAUUUUUGACCUCCGAAGUUUGAGUGGUCCUGUGUCAGCAAUGCUUUAUCUUGGCUACUCACUGAUAAUGGCAAUUGCAAUCAUGCUUUCUACCGGUACCAUUGGUUUCCUUACAUCAUUCUACUUUGUCCAUUACCUGUUCUCGUCAGUGAAGAUAGAUUGAAAAGAAUUGCUUCUGGAAUUCAUGCUUGAGUGUAGGAAGAAAACAAAGAGUGGCGUUCGUUAGUGAGCACUUUUCUGUUUCUCGACGCUAGAGUAGCAGUAAAUUUGCGAUUUAGCUUUUUAAUUCUUGUUGUGUCCCUUUUCUUUUCAACUCCUCCAGUUACAUUUUGUAAUAUUACGUAUAGCUUAUUUUUUUUCUGUUUAAUUCGUGCAGUGGAAAACUUGUUACUUGAUAUCA